UUCUCCUCAUGUGUUGGCUGGUUGGUUUAUGCUCUCCCUCUGCUACUUCAUGUUGGGAUAAAAAAAAGAAAUGGAAAGAAUUGAACAGAAAAAAAUAGAAAACAGAGGGGUGAUUGUUAGCUCAUAAUCAGCAGAGCAGAGAGAUGGAAAAGCAGCCCGGUGUUUUGACCAGAAACCCUCAUAAGGAAUAAAUGUUAUUCGGGCACUGGCUGCACGGUAGAAGCCUUGGUGGGGAAAAAAACUAUUUAGGAGCUAGACUUCUCAACCCUGUUUCCCAGCAAAGAGAGGGCAAACCGGUUGAGUGGAGGAUUUUAGAAACAAUCCCUCUAUAACAGACUGUGAAUACAUGGAAGGCUCAAGAGCUGUACUAUCUGAGAAUGCAAAGAAUCAAAGAAAAGAUGGAGCGAGGGAAAACUGAAGAAAACCAUUAUGAGAGCAAGAGGAAACUGAAAGUGUGUGUGGCAACAUGCAACAGAGCAGAUUACUCCAAGUUAGCUCCCAUCAUGUUUGGGCUAAAAAACCAACCUGAGGAGUUUGAACUGGAAGUCGUGGUGCUCGGUUCCCAUCUCAUUGAUGAUUACGGAAACACUUUCCGUAUGAUUGAGCAGGAUAAAUUUGAUAUCGGUUCCAAACUCCACACCAUUGUAAGAGGAGAAGACGAAGCAGCCAUGGUGGAGAGCGUCGGGCUGGCCCUGGUGAAGCUCCCUGACGUCCUGCAGAGACUUCACCCUGACAUCCUGAUCGUACAUGGGGACCGCUUUGACGCGCUCGCUCUGGCAACUGCUGCUGCGCUGAUGAAUAUUCGAAUACUUCAUUUGGAAGGAGGAGAGGUCAGCGGUACCAUUGACGAUUCAAUCCGCCACGCGAUCAGUAAACUGGCCCAUUAUCAUGCCUGCUGCACACGCAUGGCAGAGCAGCACCUCAUCGCCAUGUGCGAGGACCACUCUCGCAUCCUCCUGGCUGGCUGCCCUUCAUAUGAUAAGCUGCUGUCAUCUCAACGCAGAGACGACUACAUGGAUAUCAUCAAGAGCUGGCUAGGUGACAAGGUGAAGGACCGUGACUACAUUGUGGCGCUGCAGCACCCUGUCACCACAGAUAUCCAGCAAUCCAUUAAAAUCUAUGGACUGAUGCUGGAUGCCCUGAUCUCCUUCAACAAGAGGACGCUCAUCCUCUUUCCUAACAUUGAUGCUGGAAGCAAGGAGAUGGUGCGUGUCAUGCGAAAGAAGGGCAUCGAGCAGCACCCCAACUUCCGGGCAGUGAAGCACAUUCCUUUUGAGCAGUUCGUCCAGCUGGUGUGCCACGCGGGCUGCAUGAUAGGAAACAGCAGCUGUGGAGUGCGAGAGGCCGGGGCCUUUGGCACACCGGUCAUCAACCUGGGAACAAGGCAAACGGGCAGAGAAACAGGUGAAAAUGUUCUACAUGUCAGAGAUGCUGACACGCAAAACAAGAUCUACCAUGCUUUGGAGCUUCAGUUUGGAAAGCGUUAUCCCGACUCUAAAAUCUAUGGUGAUGGAAAUGCAGUGCCUCGUAUUCUAAAGUUUCUGGGCAGUAUUGACCUUGAAGAGCCCCUCCAGAAGACCUUCUGCUUCCCUCCUGUGAAAGACCCCAUCUCCCAGGACAUCGAUCACAUCCUGGAGACACAGAGUGCUCUGGCUGUAGACCUGGGAGGGACCAACCUGAGGGUGGCCAUUGUCUGUAUGAGGGGCAAUAUAGUAAAGAAAUACACAGAGCCCAAUCCAAAGACUUUCGAGGACCGAAUGUGUUUGAUAUUGAAGAUGUGCAAAGACGCAGUGCAAGAUGCUGUGAACUUCAACUGCAGACUCCUUGGUGUUGGAAUUUCUACUGGUGGACGCGUAAAUCCGCAGGAAGGCAUUGUCCUCCACUCUACCCACCUGAUCCAGGAGUGGUCCUCUGUGGACCUGAGGACCCCCAUCUCGAACGCCCUAGGCCUACCUGUCUGGGUUGACAAUGACGGCAACUGCGCCGCGCUGGCCGAGAGGAAGUUUGGCCACGGCAGAGGAGUAGAAAACUUUGUCACCGUCAUCACAGGAACAGGUAUUGGAGGAGGGAUUAUCCAUAACUAUGAGCUGAUCCAUGGUAGUACCUUCUGUGCUGCUGAGCUGGGUCACAUCAAGGUUUCCCUGGAAGGCCCAGAGUGUUCAUGUGGGAGUCAGGGAUGUAUCGAAGCCUUUGCAUCUGGUAUGGCCCUGCAGAGGGAGGCGAAACGGUUGCAUGACGAGGACCUGCUGAAGGAGGAGGGGAUGGAUAUGGAGCUCGCUGAGCCAAUCACUGCUGCCCACCUCAUCCACGCGGCUGGAAACGGCAAUUCCGAAGCCAACGCUGUCCUGCACAAAGCAUCCAUGGCGCUCGGUGUAGGGAUUGUAAACAUCCUCCACAUAGUCAACCCCGCGCUGGUGAUUUUGUCUGGAGUCCUGGCUUCUUAUUACCAGGCUCCAGUGCAGCACGUCAUCACAGAGAGAGCACUCGUCUCCGCCCAGAGAAUCAAGGUCGUCAAAUCUGAACUGGAAGAACCAGCCUUACUAGGCGCUGCUAGCAUGGUUUUGGACUAUGCAACUAGAAGGACAUACUAAGAAAACCAGCUGUUUUUUCUGAAAAUGUUGGAACACACUUGAACACGUUUUACCGGAAUAUAUUAAGUAAAUGUUUGUUAAGGAGCGUGGGCUUAUAGAAAAUACUUAUAUUAUAUUGUGGUGAACCCUUAUUCUAAUUUAAACAGUUGUUGGAGGAAGAAUCCUACAAAUCGGUUACAUUUUUUAGGGAUCUUAUUGUCUUUAGUAUGUAUUCGAGGCGGGCUUGAGGUGAUUGACUAGAUUAUUGCAGAAUAUUCCACUUUUUCUUCUGAAAAGAUAUUUUUUUUCCAUAUUUUGUCAUUUACCAUCUAAAUUGUGGAGUGUUUUCCAGCUGCCUUUGUGUUUUCCUUAAUUUAACCAGACGUUAUGCCAUAUGUAUCACAGAGUUUACCCAUCUGUGUUUGAUCCGUUAACAUCGUCUCUUUUCACCAUUUUAAGCCUUUUUUUUUUUUUUUUUUUUUUUACACACCUGUGGUGGUUCUUGACUCUUAUUAAUUUGAAAAAAGAUGCUCCAGAACUACCCAAGUUUUUGAAGACUUUUGUUUGAAAGCACUAAUGCCCCUUUUCCACUGGCUCGAUUUGGCCCGACUUGGCUCCACUCGGCUCACUUCGCAAACAUUUCCAUUAUUGUUAUUUCAGUACCGGUACCUACUUUUUUGGUACCUCCUUCUUAACAGGACUAAGCGAGCCCGAGUCGGUACCGUACGUGACGUGAACAAACGGCUGUUCACUGAUUGGCCGUGGGCGCGGCCAGCCAUAAGAGUCGACCAGCGUAAAAAAAACACCCAGCAUUUUCAAACGUGCAUUCAAGCAAGUUAGAGAAACAGAUGGAGUCUGCACAAUUAUCCGGAAAAGUCACUCCUUGGAGCAAAGACGAGGUGCAAGCUUUUCUGGCGAUCAUAGGAGACUACAAUAUUCAGCUGCCGCUGAAUAUUGGCAACAACUAUAAGAAAUAAAAUGGGCCCUAAUUCAAAUCUUUCCAAGUCUCUUAAAGGGAAAGUGAAAUCUUUAAUAAUAAUAAUAAAACCAAUGUCAAAAUCCUAUUCAUCAAAUCUGAUUGUCAAUGCAGUCAGCAGAUUUAAUCCUCAGACAAUAGACCUGUUAUUUCUUGUUUUUGUAACGCGUUUCGGUCUUUUCUUCUUUACAUUGGUGGUUGGGUGUUUCAUUCGUGGUUAUGCAGCACGACGCAUGAUGCUUUAAAGCCGCGCCUCCAGGAGGUGUUUCCUUCAGCGGAGCAAAAGCGGGUCUCCGGAAAUGCGACACACAACGUGCGGAGCUGGGCUGGCCAAAUCGAGCCAGUAUGUUGGAGGCAACCUUAUUGUAAACGGUCUGCGUCUGUUUCGUGUGUGGAAACUGGUGAAGGGGAACAGCAGAUAUAAGGAUAUUUCUGCUACCCGAAGAGCAACCUACACGUCUCUGAAGGUUAUUUUAUGUAAUGCAUUUCUUUUCCCAAUAUUCCCAUUUCCAGAUUUGCGUUGCUACAUGGUUCACUUCCUACAGAUCUCCACUGACAGUAUCUUCUGAGUUCUCAGAAACUUUUUCCAGACCCAAAUAGCGCCCUUGAAAUGGUCUCCAGACGUUCCCACUUUAAAGAGCUACAAUACCCAAAAAAUUCCUUCAAUUUGGAGAUUAUUUGCUUCAGCUUAAAUCUAGUAGUCUUUGCUUUAAGCCCAAAGUCAUUGUAUCUCUUUAACCUGAGUAUUUUGUGGUAAUAAAACCUUUCUCUAGGCAUUAUUCACUAAGGAUUGCUUUGACAAAGUGGACCUUAUGUUUUCUUUUCACUGAAAUGAUAAACUUCUGAUCAAAUUUUAACAUAAUUGUAUUAUGUUUAAAUGUUUCUGCUGCUAUUUGGGCUGUCAACAAAAGAACCUUUAUGUUUUUAGAAGGGAAUCCUGCAUAUUCUAAACUGACAUAAGUGGUGGGAGGUGGGCAAAGUAUAAUGGGCUGGAAAUGCCACCUCUUACAUGCUCCUUACAGUAAAAUGAAGCUUUGAAGAAGGUCCAGACUUUAUUUUUUUAACGGAACUCAAAUGAGACCAAAGUUUUGUGACAUUUUGCUGAACUGCUGCGUCUUUUUCUGUUAUCAUGAAUUCAUUUGUCAGUUUUCUCUAGAUCUUUUAUGACCAUUUCUCUGUCGUUCAGCGGGAAUGUCAGCUAUUUUAGUUAUUGCUACAUUUCCAUGUUUUAUCGAUUUCAUUUAUGGUGCAUAUUGGAUGGCUGACACAUGCUACAGGCUUGUGAGGGCUUGAUUAUUCAGUUUGUAUACCUCUACAGACUGUGUUGUACAUUAUAUUCUGUAUAAACCUUUCAAAUAUAUUUCUAUAAGUUUAAUUAUUUCUUGGUCUAAAUAAACAUUUUACAUAUUAAA